CUUAAGUCCCUAUUGGCCCAUAAGAUUGUGUAUAAUCGUGGAUCAUUAGUUUUGUCUUGCCUUUAUUCCAUCUUCCAUGGGAGCCUUAAGUCCCUAUUGGUCCAUAAGCCCACAAGCCUCCAACUGUACCUUCCCCCUCUCCUCCACCACUACUCCCCUCCCUCCCCCUCUUCAUGUAUGGGACAUGAACAACUCCUCCCCUCAGUUUGCCCCGACUGGACAACCACCACCGAACCACAACAAGCAGACCGUUGCAACACUCCACACGGUCGAGCGAGGCUGCGGGGCGCGAUGCGAAUGGGACUUCACGCUCACCUCGACUGUCUCCUCGAGCAGUAGCCCCGGCAGAGCGACCGCCUCGGACACUCUCGGCGUGAUCGAAUUCGACCCCUCCGACAACCUCGUAGCCACCGGCGGGAUUUCCAGGAAGAUCCGGGUUUACAGUUUGAGUUCGUUGGUGGGCGUUGCUACUGCUGGAGAGGAGGGGAGCGUCGCAGUUCUUGACCACGCCAGCGCGUAUGAUUACUAUCUCUGUACUCCCGCGAAGCUGAGCAGCCUUCGUUGGAAGCCCGACUCCGGCAGCCGAAUCAUUGGGGCAGGGGACUACGACGGGGUAGUGACGGAGUAUGACCUUGAGCGGCGUGUGCCCACCUUCGAGAGGGACGAGCACGGAGGGAGGCGGGUGUGGAGCAUGGAUUACACGCGCUGGGAUCCCGCUGUCGGCGCGUCGGGGUCUGACGACGGGACCGUGCAGGUAUGGGACACGAGGUGCGAGGGAGGGAGCUGCGUGGCCACGGUGCGCCCCGGCUCCGGCGCUGCCGUAUGCUCCGUCGAGUUCAACCCCUUCGGUGGCGCUCUGGUGGCCGUGGGGUGCGCUGACCGGAAGGCCUACGGGUACGACGCGCGGAAAUUAGUGGAACCGGUGGUGGUCUUCGACGGGCACGCCAAGACGGUGACGGAUUUGAGGUUCCUUGACAUGCGCAAUAUAGUUUCAGCGAGCACUGACGGGUGCCUGAAGCUGUGGAGCGUGGACGACACGAGUGUGAUCCGCACGUACAGGGGUCACGUGAACAGCCGCAGCUUCGUCGGGUUGUCCGUGUGGAGGAAUGGGGGACUGCUGGGUUGCGGGUCGGAGAGCAACGAGGUGUUCGUCUACGACAAGCGGUGGGGCGAGCCCAUUUGGCUCCACAGGUUCAAUAGUGAGGCGGUGUGCGGCGGUGGCGGAGGCUUUGUGAGCAGCGUCUGCUGGAGACAAGUUGGCGUGGAUGAGUGUACAUUAGUCGCUGGAGGAUCAGAUGGGGAUUUGCGGGUUUUUACGGGCAAGAGGAAAUGAUCGUCCGUGUUCCUGAUUCGUUGCAUAUUUCCAGGAACUGGAAAUUUUGUAACAAAGGAUAUUAUAAGAUAAAGUCAAGAAUAUCGCAAAAGUGCUCGAUCAGAGGUCCUUCGUGGGAGAAGCAGUUCAUGCAAUAUUUUCAUCUACAACUAUUGAUGAUUUGAUCGAGGAGCCUGUCGCCCUCCAUACCAUUACCAUGAGGAUGCGGCUAAUUAA